AUGGCCCGCUCCGUGCGGGUCCCAUUCACAAAAAUCGCGGCGCGGCGCGGCCGGGGCGCUGCGCAGGGCGGGGCGGGGGGGCCGCUCCCGGCGCGCCCCCGCUGCACCGCUCACGCGUGGCGACCUCUGCAGCAGCGGGACCGCAUUGCAGAGCGGGGCCGCUCCCUCCCUCCCUCCCCGGGAAUUCCCGCCAUCCCCCGGACGCCGCCGCGGCUCCGGCGCGCAGCCCGGGCGCACCCGGCGCUCUCCCGACGCCUCGGGAGCAUCCCCCGCCGGCGGGAUGUGCAGCGGGGCAGAGGCACGGCGGGCGGCAGCGCCGAGGGGAGCACACCGGGGCAGCUCCUCGGCAGAGGAGGGAGCGCUGGCGGCGGCACCCGCCGCUGCCCACCGGGGCAGGGGACAAGUGGCACCUGUGAGCGGCAGCGAGCGGCUCCGUGCUCUGCCCUACCGGGCGCCCGCACCUCCCCCCCGGGCCGGGGCCGAGUUUCCUCCGAGAGGAAACUCUCAGCGUCACCAGCAUCUCCAUCACAACUUCAGGGCAGGUGCAGGUGCAGGUGCAGCGCCUCUCGGCGCACGGAAGAUGCUCCCGGGAAGGGGGGCUGGCCCCCGCGCCGCCCGCGGGGAUUACCGGGCAGCUGCGCGCCGCCCAUGCAUCACCCGCCGAGGAGCCUCUGUCACGGCAGCACCUGCCCGCUCAGGAUGUUUGCCCGGGCGGUGUUUGCCCAGGCGCAGCGGCGGGGGACACUCGACACGGGGGGGACACAGCCGUGCUGCCGCCCCCCGGAGCGGGCGCGGGGAGGGGCAGAAGCGGCCCGGGAGAGAUGCUCGGCAGCGCCUGGGCGCACAGAGCGCUCCCCCGCCUCCCGAGGCACCGGGAGCGCCUGUCCUGCCCGCCCGAAGGCGCUGGGCGUUUGCCGAGCACGGCAGCCCCGCCGCUCACGGGCUGCCCGCCGGGCGGGGACGCGCAGGGUCCCCCACCGUCCCCGGGACCCCCGGAGUGACCGCGCUCCGCCCGUCCCCGCCCCUGUCCCCGCUCCCCGGCAUCCUCCCCGGCUCCCGGCGCUGCGGGCACCGCCGGCGGCGGCGCUGGGAGGAGACGCCUGUGUCGCUGCCGCCGUCCCCGGCGGUGACACCGCGGCCAGCAGAGCCCCGCGCACACUGCGCGCACUGACUGCGCAGGUGAGCGGCGCGGCUGGAUGGAUGGCGCCUUUCGCCGCUCCUAUGGAUGGGGAGCGCUCCUGGGAACAUCCCGGCGGCUCCUCGUUUAUGUUUUUGCAGCCGAUGACCGGGUCACUCCCGGCGGCAGCAGCCGUGUGCUCACCGGGGGAUGGAGAGCCGCGGGGCGGGUGA